UGCGCUGGCAGAAUACUCUUUCUUCAUCUGCGGAUGUGACACGCAUACAGAUAGCAAGAAAAUGGCAGGGGGUGGUGAAAAACAUAAUGGUCUGUUGAAACAGUACUGACUUUAUCUAGUACAAAUUAUUUUCUUCUUAGUUUCGCGUUGUUUACCUCCAUUUAGGAAGCACUAUGGUCGAGCAGUCGGAUCGCGCUCCACUGCUGGACUGGGAGGAGAUUUCACCAGCCGAACUGACCCAGGCGGUUCCCCCACCAGCAAAUGAAAAUGGAUCGGAAUCGAGUCCGCCAGACGGCUGUUCUCUUGGCAUCACCGCGCCUGGCAUAGGCUGGAGCACCAGAUCUGGGGGUCCAGCAACUGUAACAGCUGUUCCGAGUUUAAUCGGGAGCCCAAGCCCUGGCCACCCUGGCCCAUGGGAUGUUCCCAGUCCCAUCAAUGCCGACCCUGGAAUAUCUCUGAAAGUACGAGUGGGAUGGGAGGAAAAGGACCAAAUAGUGGCUGUGUUUGUGGUAACCUUUGACACAAGAUCCGGUAACAUGGUGGAAUGGUGCUUACCCCAAGAUGUGAAUCUUGACGGAGUGGAAUUCAAGUCAAUGGCCAGUGGCUCACACAGAAUCGCCAACGACUUCAUAUAUUUCCGUAAAGGCUGCUACUUUGGGCUGGCGUGUUUUGCUAACAUGCCUGUUGAGAGUGAGUUGGAGAGAGGGGCACGGAUGAAGUCUGUGGGUAUUCUGUCUCCCUCUUACACCCUCUUAUAUCGCUACAUGCACUUCCUGGAGAACCAAGUUAGACACCAGCUGCAGUGCCCUGGCUCGUACUCUCCUCUGGAGGCCUUCUAUGAGGAUAAAAAAGCUGUGCUGCACCCAGCAGGGAACGGACUGGUUACUGCUUGUCCAACCAGCUUCUGGGUCCCAGCCAUCAACCGCUGCAUGCACCCAGAGAUGAAGAUCACCCACCCGGCCGGCUGCAUGUCCCAGUUCAUCCGCUUCUUUGGGGAGCAGAUCAUGGUGCUGUGGAAGUUUGCCCUGCUCCGAAAACGCAUCCUCAUGUUUUCCCCACCGCCCGUCGGUGUGGUGUGCUACAGGGUGUACUGCUGUUGCUGCCUGUCCAACGUCUCUAUACCUGGGAUAGGUGUGUCUGUGCCUGAGUUCCGCCCCUUCUUCUACAUCAAUGUGGCAGACAUCGCUGCCCUUGCGACAGAGAUGUCAUAUGUGGCUUGCACCACAGAGAAGAUAUUUGAGGAGAAGAAGGAUCUGUAUGACGUAUACAUUGAUAACCAGAAUGUGAAGACACACAGAGAUAGUCUGCAGCCACUGCUCCGGCUGAACGGGGCAGACCGGGAGAAGUAUAGGAAACUGAGCGAACAGAGGCAAAUGCUACUUUACACUCAGGAGGUGGAUGCAGACUGCACAUCAAAUGAGGAGGACCUCUUUAUCCUGUUUUUCAUGGAGCAGAAUAACCGUAUCUUCCAGACUCUAUCAGAGGUGGAAGCGAGUGCGGACCACACCCUGACUGCAGAGCACGUGAGGGCCAUGGGCCUGGACCCCCAGGCAGACCGCACAUUCCUGGAAGAUCUGCUGGAGGUCUAUGGCAUUGAUGUUAUGCUGGUCAUCGAUAACCCCUGCUGUCCUUGAGCUCUGGCUGUGGCCUGUUCUCCCUUGGUCCUCUGAAGACACUGCCUCCUUCUCUUCCUCCCCUGGCGUCCUGCCCAGUCAAAGGCCUGCAGGUCUCUCUCUCGAUCUCUCGCCCGGCUCCGGGAUAUAGCUGUCUAUGGCCAGUGUUAACUCAGUGACAGCUCACCUGGUAAACUGGGCCACAAUGAUAGAUGAUAGAUACUGCCUGGACUCUGCAGUGCUGUCUGGCUACAGUCCGUUCUAAAUUCAACAACCACUUGUCUUGUUUUUCUGUUCACUUGGAAUCGGUUCUCUUCUCACCUGGAUCUGUUCUUGGAUCACCAGGCCUAGUCACUGGAGGUGGAGCCUUGUUUGUACUGCUCCCAAUACUAUGGAGCACUGCUGACCAACAGAACCAUGGAUCUAGUAUCCAGUGUGGAGCUGGAUAAUUAGUUGUUCCUCCCACUUCAUUAAAACUUCAUGGAAAUACAAUUCUGCCAUAGCACCAAGCACUUUUUCUUACACCUUUACAGAGGAUUCUGCCUAAUCAUGUACAGUACAUUCGGAAAGUAUUCAGACCCCUUCACUUUUUCCACAUUUUGUUACAU